AUGGCGGAGGGGGUGCUGGAGGUGGGGGGCGCCCCCCCCGACGCCGAGGAGGACCUCCUCGUCCUCUACUUCGAGAGCCGGCGGCGCUCGGGGGGGGGCCCCGUGCGGAGCUGCCAGCGCCUGGGGCCGCUCUUCCUCCUCACCUUCGAGAGCCCCCAAGAUGCCCAGGGCGUCCUGGCCCGGGGCCCCCACCGGCUGCAGGGCGCGGAGCUGCGGGUGCGCCCGGCCCCUGCCUGGGACCCGGCCGGGCUCCUGCUGCAGGGCGUCAGCCCCCAGACCCCCCCCGAGCUGCUGGAGCUCUACGUGGAGCACGUGCUGGAGCGGCCCCCCGGCACCUACAGCCUGCACCGCACCGGGGACUGGGCGCUGCUGCGGCUGCACGAGCCGCUCGACGAUGCUGCGCUGGCGGCGGUGGAGGAGCGGGUGCGGUGCCGCGGGCUGGAGGGGGCCGUGCUGGCCGUGCAGCGGCUGCCACAGACCGACAGCGUGCGGGUGCGGGCGCCGGGGCUGCACCGGGACCUGCUGGAGCUCUACUUCGAGAACCGGCGCAGCGGUGGCGGCUGCGUGCGCACCGUGCGGGUGCUGCCGGGGAGCCGAACGGCCAUCGUCUCCUUCCAGGAGCCCGCAGUGGCAGCGCGGGUGCUGCAGCAGCCGCACCAGCUGCAGGACAGCGAGCUGGCCGUCUCGCCCUACUACGAGUUCCUGGAGCCGGCGGAGGAGCUGGACCCCACAGACGCUGAGCCGCCUGCUCCUGGCCAUGAGGAGAGCAGCCCGGAGCCGGCAGAGCUCCCACUGGAGCCGAGCCCGGUGCCGUCAGCAGCUGAGUCCGAGCCACGGCUGCAGACGGUGACGGAGGCGAUGGCACAGGAGCGCCUGGCACUGCCGGCCCCGACGCUGCUCUUCCUGCGCCGCGAGGACGUCCGCGCGCACCUGGGGCAGCUCCUGGCCGGCUGCGCCGCACCGGCCGGCUAUGCCGUGGCGGAGGGCGAGGUGGUGGUGACGGCACGGAGCCCCGCGGCCGCCCGCGAUGCCGCCCGCCUGCUGCAGGACGCCCUCAGCCCCUUCACCGUGGAGCUGUCGGCGCGCGAGGCGCUGGCGCUGUGCUCGCCGCGCUGGCACCAGCUGCGCGAGCGGCUGCGGUGCUGCGAGAUGCAGCUGGCCCCCGGCACCGGGCGGCUGCAGGGCCUGGCGCUGCGCGGCACGGAGCAGGAGAACCGGCAGCAGCUGCGCGACUUCCUGCGGGACGCGGCGCCCGACGAGACGCUGGUGUCGAUGGAGCGGGGCGCGCUGCGCUACCUGCAGCGGCACUACCAGGACCUGCUGGCCAGCAUCCCCGAGGUCUCCAUGCUGCCGCUGGAAGGCGACGACGUCGCCGGCUUCAGGGUGAGCGGGGAGGCCGGGCGGUGCCAGGCCGCCGCCGAGUUCCUGCAGAGCCUCCUGGGCACCGUCAGCUCGCAGACGGUGACGCUGCACUACCCUGGCGUCGCCCGCUUCCUGCUGGACAAGGGUGGGCAGAGCAUCCUGCGCCAGCUGGAGAGCCGCUUCCAGUGUGUCCUCGAGCUGGGCAACAUCCAGUGGAGCCCCCCGGACCCCCAGCUGGAGCUGGCGGAGCUGCUCCCCCCGAGCUGCCGCCGGCAGCCGCUGCCCACCACGCUCGGCUCCAAGCGCCCGGAGUUGCCCGACGGCACUGUAGGAGACAGCCUGCCCCCCGACAUCGAGGAGAUCAAGGCGCUGCUGGCAGCACUGCGCACCGACGGCGCCCACAAGGAUGAGGAGGGCAGAGGCUCCCCCUUGCCCGCCCUGCAUGAGGCAGCUCUGGAGCAGCUCGAGGGCAGCUUUGGCGAAGAGUUGGACCCCAGCGAUGUGCUCAAGCUCCUCGGCAAGGAUCAGGAGCUCUGGGAGAUGUCUGACAGCUAUGGCACCGAGGACGUGCUCCUGGGCAAGCUGGAGGGCCAGGCAGAGGAAGAGGAGGCGCAGAUGCUGCUGGCCAUCCAGCAGUCCAUGGACAGCACGCGGCACGAGGAUGAGGAGCUGGAGCGCGCCACCGCGCUGUCCCUGCACUCCUACCAGGAGGAGCAGCGGGCUGGCCCCGGCCCCGCCUCGGAAGAGGAGGAUGCUGGCCUCCUGGCCGCGCUGGAGGCCUCGCUGGAGGAGGCCCUGCCGGCAGCCGACACGGCACGGGUGACGCUGUACGCCUCCUUCGAGCAGGACGUGAGCGCGCUGCCCCGGCAGCUGGAGCAGGCUCUGGAGGCUCGGCUGCGCACGGAGCAGGUGGAGAGCGCGGGGCUGCGGGCGCUGCCGGCCGGCUGCCGCCGCUGCCUGGCCCUGCUGCAGCGCCGGCACGCCGUGCGCCUCUGCCUGCGUGACUCCACGGCCACGCUGCACGGCUUCGCCGGCUACACCGCCGCUGCCGCCCGCGACCUCGCCGUCCUGCUGCAGCGGCUGAGGCCAGCAGAGCACGGGCCCCCCGGGGCGGCGGCACGCUGGGUGCGCUGGGACCCCACGGGCACGGCCGUGCCCUACGAGCCCGCCACCGCCGCGCUGCUGGAGGCGGCUUGGCAGCGCCGCGAGAGGCAUCUGGACGUGCUGCUGGACGGGCGGCCCGUCAUCGUCGACCUGGAGCAGAUGGAGGAGUACGACAUCAGCACUGCCUCUGCCCUGCCCAUCUCGCGCAGCGAGCCCCCCAGCGAGAGCGCCUGGCACCUGCUCGGGCCGGAGGCGUCGGGGCUGGACGAGGAGGUGAGGCUGAUGCCGCUGGCCGAGGACUCGGAGGAGUUUGGGGACACCGUGCAGCUCUUCUACGCCACCCUGGAGGAGCUGUACAACAAGAUCCACAUCGUGAAGGUGGAGAAGCUGAUCCACCCGCUGCUCUACAAGCAGUACCAGCUGAAGAAGGCCAGCAUGGAGAAGGCGUGCCGCAGCCGGGCCGUGGAGCGGGUCCUCUUCCACGGCACCACGGAGCAGUCCAGCCGCGAGAUCUGCCUGCACGGCUUCAACCGCAGCUUCUGUGGCAAGAACGCUGCUCUCUAUGGGCUCGGCGUGUACUUCGCGGCCAAGGCGGCCGUGUCGGCGCAGGAGCAGUACUCGCCCUGCGGCACGGACGGCAACAAGUACAUCUUCGUGGCCAAGGCGCUGACGGGGGACUACACGCUGGGCAGCCGGGACAUGCGGGCACCUCCGCUGCGGGAGGCGGCGGGCGCCCCGCGGCGCUACGACAGCGUCGUGGACAACCUGUCCGAGCCCAGCAUCUUCGUCAUCUUCAACGACACGCAGGCCUACCCCCAGUACCUCAUCACCUGCCGCCGCUCCAAGCUGGGGGCCUGAGCCCGGCGGCCCCCCGGGACUGGCUGCGGGGGGGUCCCAGCGGGGGUCGGGGACGUGGGGAUGGCCCCGGGCUGGCCUCAGGGGGCAGGGACAGGUGCGGGGCGCAGGGACGCGGGUGCAACGCAUACGGGAUUUGGAAUAAAGAC